AUGGCUACUCUUCCGCUGCCCCGUGUUGAGUCCCUAGCAGACUGCACCUCGUUUAGGUUCGCCGUGCUUCCUUUUAUUUCCCAGUUGGAAUGGCUGCCCGCCAGUUUGCACGAAGCCGGCCGCGACCUGGAUAGCUUGAAGGCUGUGUAUCUCGCCACCAACCCUUUCAUCUCCGCAUUCGCCCUUGGCACCUGCCUUGCUGCGCUGUUCUUCGUGGCAGCGGAGAUCAACCGCAACUAUUCGCAGGUGGAUCGCUUCUGGAGCAUCUUGCCCGCCGUGUACAAUGUGCACUUCGCUGCUUGGGCGUGCUUGGCCGGAAUUCGCACCCAGACUGUGGACACGAUCGCUGUUAUUAGCCUGCUGUGGAGUGCUCGUCUGACAUUCAACUACUGGCGCAAAGGAGGUUACAAGAUCGGCUCUGAGGACUAUCGCUGGGAGAUCGUGCGCGCAAAAGUGAACAACAAAUUUGUGUUCAUGAUCUUCAACCUGACCUUCAUUGCUGCGGCCCAGUCGUUGUUGCUUCUUCUCAUCACCGCGCCGACCUACGUUAUGCUUGUGGUGGCGCAUACCCAGGGCCCCGAGUCGUUUGAAGUGCCCGACUUGAUCUUCUCCCGCGCGGCCUUUUUCUUUAUUAUUAUUGAAUUCUUCGCCGACCAGCAACAGUGGAACUUCCACCAAGCCAAGUUGGAAUACCAGAACCACGCGCGCAUUUCUGACAAGUACAAGGACCAGUACACCCCCGAGGACCUUGAGCGUGGGUUCGUGGUCAGCGGUCUCUGGUCCCUGUCGCGUCACCCCAAUUUUGUCGCCGAACAGGCUGUCUGGGUGACCUUGUAUCUGUGGAGCUGCUACCGUACUGAGAACUACCUCCAGUGGAGUGGUCUCGGUGUCGUGGGCUACCUCCUCAUCUUCCAGGGAAGCACCCGCCUCACCGAAUCUAUCAGUGCAGCCAAGUACCCAGAGUACCGCGAGUACCAGGCCCGUGUUGGCCGGUUUAUUCCCCGUUGGUCUGUGAAGUCAAACAAGCCCAAGCGUGCUGGCAAGAAGACCGCUCAGGCGAUCAAGGACAAGAAGAGCAAAUAA